UUGAAGAGGGAGCAUGGGAAUUGGGAAUUUCAAAAAGUAAAUUAAAUUGCUUUCAGUUGAGUAUAUUUCAAAAAUCAUAUAUAAGAAAAUUGAAACGCUAAAAUAGUGUUAAUAUUAAGAUGCCUUCCUCAAAUGAUGUGGAUGGUGAAGUUUUAUCUGAACCUUUAUCAAUUGGGGACUUGUUAUCAACUGGGAAAGAGUUCGAGAUAAACUCAAGUGCUAGUAAUUAUGAUGGAUUCCGCUCUGACAUGUAUGACGACUUCGGGUUUGGCAGUUCGGACGAAGAAGGGCCCGAGGUCGAUCCUAAAUUAUUAAUAUCGCCUUGGCAAGAACCAUUCGAGAAGCUCAGGUCGACCAUGGUAAAAAUUAAUGACUUAAUUUUUAAAAGGGUUGUCUUGGAAGGUAAUAAAGAGUCCAAAAUAGUGCCGGAUAGAGCAAGAGUGUCCAUUCAAUAUACAUCAUAUGCCGAAGACUCUAGCAAAACUUUUGAUUCCACAUACUUACGAGGUAAGCCACAUACAUUUCAUACUGGGAAUCAUGAGGUUCUACCUGGAAUAGAAGAAGCAGUUAAAACAAUGAAACUUGAAGAAGAAUCCCAAUUUAUAAUAUCUUACAAAUUGUUAUAUGGUGAACUCGGCUGUCCUCCCAGAAUACCUCCAAAAAAAGAUUACUUGUUUGUUAUAAAAGUGUUAAGUUUUGAAGAAGUUGGUGAUUUAGAUGCAAUGAGGGAAGUUGCUGCUCAAGACAAAAAGAAAUUUAAAAUCGUUUUUCCAAAGGUGAGAGAAAUCCAUAAAAAAGGAAUUGAUUUCUUCAAAUUAAAUAAUUAUCAAGGUGCCUUGAAGGCCUUUCACAAGGCUGUUAAUUGUUUGAUAGUUUGUCGCUUGAAUGAUGAAAGCGAGCAAAAGGAAUACGAUGAAUUUAUGGUUAAACUUUAUACAAAUUUGGCAACAAUUUAUUCCAUUUUGGAUAAACCUGCUAAAGUGUGUUCUAUGUGUAAUGAAAUGAUUGCUAUUUCACCAAGAUUAUACAGAUCUAAUGCGAAAGCUUUAUAUCGUGAAGGUAAGGCAUUUUCUGAUUUAGGGGAAUAUGACCGAGCUCACAAUAAGUUAAUGGAAGCAAAACGACUUUGUCCAACAAAUGAAGAUAUAAUAUUAGAAUUAGAAAAACUCAAUACCCGUAAAACAGAGUACAUGAAACAAAAUCAGGAAAUUUGUGCAAGAGCAUUCGGUUUGUUAAACAUCAACAAAAAAAAGGAAACUGUGAGCGAAGAAGAUAUCUUUACUCAGGAUAUGAGGGAAACUUUAAAUGCUUUUAAAGAAGAUGAUAGUUUAAAGGAAAUUCAUUUGCCAGAUGGUUUGUCUGCACACGAAGUUGAAUGCGUUGAAAAAUUAGUUAUAGAAAUGGGAAUGAAACUAUCAACCGCGACUUUAACUAAAAAGAAGGUUAUUAUUAAAAUUUAGAACUUCACACGCAUAUUCUUAUUUUCAUUAUUGUUGAAUUUAUUCAUUAUUUCCAUUACAGUUAAAAAAUUAAAGAAUGAUUAUUUUUUUAUACU